CCUUUCACCACCGCCCUCCUCGCAGGCGGACUAGCCGGCACCACAGUCGACCUCUCCCUCUUCCCCCUCGACACCCUCAAAACCCGCCUCCAGUCGCGCGCAGGCUUCUUCCCCUCCGGCGGCUUCUCCGGCAUCUACCGCGGCGUCGGCUCCGCCAUCGUCGGCUCCGCCCCCGGCGCCGCCUUCUUCUUCUGCACCUACGAGGGGACCAAGUCUCUCCUCGCCCGCAGCACCAUCUCCACUUCCUUCCCUCCCACCACUACUUCCACGACAACAACAACAACAACAACAACAAGAACGACAACAAGCAACACAAAAACCGCCGCCCUCCACCACAUGCUCGCCGCCUCCCUCGGCGAAGUGGCCGCCUGCGCCGUCCGCGUCCCCACCGAAGUCGUCAAACAGCGCGCCCAGGCAGGCCACCACGCCGGCUCCUCCCUCCAGGCCCUCAAGUCCAUCCUCGCCCACCACCCCCGCGCCGGCCUCCUCGGCGUCUGGCGCGAGCUCUACCGCGGCUGGGGCAUCACCGUCAUGCGCGAGGUGCCCUUCACCAUCAUCCAGUUCCCCCUCUGGGAGAGGCUCAAGGCCUGGGGACGCGAGCGCAGGGCCAGGACGAACAACAACACGGGGAGAGCCGCCGCCGCCGCCGCCUCCGACAACGACAACGAUACCGCCGACGUCGGCGCCGUCGAGAGCGCCCUGUACGGAAGUGUAGCCGGCGCCGUCGCCGCCGCCCUGACCACCCCGCUCGACGUCCUCAAGACCAGGGUCAUGCUCGCCGAGAAGAAGGUCAAGGUCGCCACCGUGCUGCGCGCCGUCUGGCGCGAGGAGGGCUACCGCGCCUUCUUCGCCGGCACCGUGCCCCGCGUCACCUGGAUCAGCAUCGGCGGCGCCAUCUUCUUGGGGAGCUACCAGUUUACCGUGAACACCCUUCAGACC